AUGGAUUUGUUUCCAUACAUCGACUUCUUGUUCUGCAGCGCCGAUGAGGCACUCGCUUUUGCCACUGUUAAGGGUUAUCAUACACGUGACCUGAAACAAGUUGUCAAACUAAUGGCUGACGAACCGAAAGUGUCGUAUAAUAACCCAAAUAUACCUAACAAUUAUAAAUCUGGUCGUGUCGUGGUGGUCAACCAACGCGGAGGUAAACCGGUAUUAUUGGCUAAAACUGACGUGUUCAACACCAAAGAGUACCCGGUACCAAUUAUGACCGAUACCGAGAUCAUCGACACUAGCGGGAUGGGUGAUGCCCUGAUUGGUGGCUUCCUGGCCAUGUAUAUCGAUGGUCGACCAUUUGAUGUGUGCGUUCAGUGC